GAAGCUCUGGAAUCCCUGCAACAAACCUUACGCGGCGAUUAUCUCAUCGCUCCUCCUGUUAAAUACCAAAUUGUAUCCAUCCACGACAAAGCUGUUAUCUUGCAAUUGAAUCUCAAUCAUUUUCCAGAAAAAGAAACAAUGUCAGAUGUAGCAGAUACAGAAAAAGAGAUUAUUCAAUCUGUUUUCUCCCUAGAAAAUCUAUCAAUUUGUGGAUCCAUAACUGCCCGGCUUUCAGAUCAGUUGGGGAAACUGGAAGAGAAUCAGAAGAGGUAGAUUCGAGUGAUUCACAUGUUUCGGCUGGUUUUGAUGAUUAUUUGAAUGAUUCUGCUGCUGUUGAAUUAGCAGAGGAAGAUCCGAGUGAUUCAUCAUCAAUAUCUCCACCCACGACCAAUCAUGAUGUGGUUGCUGGUUUUGAUGAAGAUAUACGAAAGUUGAUGAACAGAAUAACUGACUAUUCAUCCUCUUCCUACCUACAAAUCCUCCCUAUUGUCGGAAUGGGAGGCAUUGGUAAGUCCACACUUGCUACACAUAUUUAUAAUCAUCCAGUGGUGAUGAAGCGUUUUGAUAUUCGAGCUUAGGUCACACUAUCACAAGAUUAUAGUGUUGAAAGUAUUCUCUCACAAUUACUAGCUUCGCUCAAAGGAAAAGUGGAUGAAGAUGGAAAGGACUCAUUGAUAGUAAUCGAAGCAGAUAAGCUCGAAAUUUACAAAAUCUUAUCGGGGAGGAAGUAUCUCAUAGUAAUAGACGACAUUUGGAGUGUGGAAGCUUGGGAUCAUGUGCUGAGGCUGUUUCCAGACAAUAAUAAUGGAAGUUGGAUCAUAUUAACCACAAGGCUAAUGGAUGUGGGCCAUGUGGCAACUUAUGCUGCCAUUUCGUGGAACAUUCAUAUUAUGCGCUUCUUGGAUGACGAACAAAGUUGGCAUUUGUUCCAACACAAUGUUUUUGGAGAUCAUGAUUGUCCUCUUGAGCUACAAUGUGUUGGGGAAAAACUUGUAAAAGGAUGUGGAGGACUGCCCCUCUCAAUUGUUACUAUGGCAGGACUUUUAUCCAGGAUUCCUAGAGCUCCCAAGUUGUGGCAGCAAAUUGAAGUAAAUGAUGAGCAGUUGGUAUCAAUAUUAUCAUUGAGUUACAACCACUUGCCUCCACACUUGAGGAAGUGUUUCUUGUAUAUGGCUGGCUUUCCUCAAGUGUAUGACAUCCGUGCCUCUGAACUCAUCAAACUUUGGGUUGCUGAGGGGUUUUUGGAAUGUCGAAAUGAAUCUAAAAGCAUAGAAAUGGCGGCGGAGGACUGCUUGGAGGAUCUGAUCAAGCAAAGUCUAGUAUUGAUCAGUAGCCGGAAAAGUGAUGGCAAAAUCAAAAGUUGCAGGCUGCAUAGUAUGGUGUGGGACUUUUGUGUGAGACAGGCUGGCAAAGAGAAGUUCCUUCUUUCUGUUACGGACUACCUCCCUACUCCUAUCUUAAGAAAACAUUUUCUUCCACUAGUCCUCCACAAUCAUCCACGCAUAAGUGUUAGUUGGCAUGAUCUACGUCUUAGAGAAUCUACACAUAGCUCAUGUACCACUUCUAUCAUAUGCAUCCCACAAAGAGGGUAUAGGCCCAAAGCCUCUGUAGAAAACUUUACUUCACUUGGGGUCCUUCAUGUUUUAAGUAGAAAUGAUCGUUCAUAUUGGGCGCUAGGUCAAGUGUUUAAAUUGAUUUAUCUCACUUACCUUGCUUUCUAUAUUCCUGAUGAUAUUGUUCCUGCGGCUAUAGCAAAGCUUCAGAAUCUGCAAACUCUAAUUAUUUAUAGAUCUAAUGUUCAUUUGCCUGUGGAGAUUUGGAGCCUGAGGCAGUUGAGAAAUCUUAUUGCCUUCUCUUUUUGUCCUUUACUCCUUCCUGAAGGAGAAACUCUUCCUCUAGAAAACUUACACACACUUUACAUGGCAACAAACUUUGCAUGUAGUGGAUGGAUGGUGGGAAUGCUCCCAAACAUUAAAAAGUUGGGAAUAUGCUACUCUGAAGUGAAGUUUGGUGUAGAUUACCAUCUUGGCAACCUUAUACAUUUGUUUAAACUUGAGAAGCUGAAGUUGAAUAUGCAUAAUUCAUAUGUGCCACGUCUGAAUCCUAUUUUUUCUCUGUCACUAAAGAAGUUGGAACUGAGUGGCGGGUGGAUUUAUUGGAGAGAUAUGGCGAUUGUUGGUUCGUUGCCAAAUCUUCAAGUGUUGAAACUAAAGAACUAUGCUUGCUAUGGGGAACACUGGGGUACCUUUGACAAGGAAUUUGGCAAAAAAAAUACAAGAGGAACGCCAGGACUGGGUAAGAGAAGACCUAAAAGUUGUUGUGAAGCGUUUUUGAUACUCAUUCAAACUUGUUUGUGUGCUUCACAUCAGGUAAAGUUUUCAUAAAAGUUGCAAGGUUUUACAUUGUGUUUAGCAACCAUACUGUAUUGAGCAGUGACGGAACAAGAAAUUUAACCAAGCUGGGACUGAAAUUAAAAAAUAUACUCUCUCCGUCUCUCUGUAAUAGAAGCAUUUCUUUUUGGCACGAGAUUUAAAAAAAAUUAUAGAGAGAUGAAGAGAGAAUAAAAUACUUUUUUGCCGAAAAAGGAAAUUACUUAGCUACAGUGGAACAAACCAAAAAGUAAUACGACUUAGUUACAGAGAGAUGGAGGGAGUAUCACAAAAAAUGGAGUAUGGAAUUUUACAUGUAAUAUAUGCACAAUUUUUACCAAACACUUAUGAUAGUGGUUUUGGACGAGUAGACAUGUAUCGCCGAAGAGGUAUCAUUUUCAUUUUUUGUUUGAAAUUUCUCUUCUAAUGUGUAUACAAGAUAUCAGCCAUCCAUUUGUAUCUCAUUUUAUUUUGCUAAUUUAUAGUAUUA